UUGUGAUUUUUGUGUUCAGUAACCUUCAAUUUCAAGUUUGUUUUUUAUAAUAAAAAAUCCAAUUUAAAGUUUGCCAUUAUAACAUAAGAUUUGUAAAUAAAAAAAUAGUUGUUUAAUAAUGGGUCGUCAAAAAAACCAGCCUGUAAAAUUAAAAAACUCUGGUGAAAAUUUUGGCUUUCAAAAGCCAAUAGAUUACAUUCCAAUCAAAAAACGAAGAAAUAAGAAAGGAAAAAGAUCAUCAGGACCUUGUUAUAAAGUAAUCUUACCUUCUGAACAGAAUGAAGAGUUUUAUUUAGGGGACAUCCUUGUUGGAAGUUCAAAUAAUGAACUUCCGGAAAGUUGGAAGUGUUGCAGUAUGAGUUUUACGACUUCUGAAGAAAACGAAGAUUUGCACUUGGUUAUUAACUUAGAUUCCACGUCUGUUGUAGUUGAAGUAAUACCUGAAAAUGAGAUAAUUAAAGAAGUUAUAAUCACUAAAAUCUUUGCGAUUAAUGUGAGUCUUGUUGAGGGUAGCAUAUUUUUUAAGCUUUACUUCUGUGAUUUACCACUGCCCAAAUUCAAUAAAAAAGUAGGAUCUUGUGUUCAAACAGUAUUAGCACUUUUAGGGUAUACCCUAGAAUUUCCCGAAGAAGAUCUUGAUGAUGUAGAGAUCUCUAGUGAUUGCACACUUACUCAAUUAUAUAGAAACAUAAGAAAAACAAGAGAAAAAUACUUGCAUCUUGGUUGUGACGACGUCCAAGAUUCAAGACUUAAACCUCAGCUCAGACCCUACCAAGCAGAUGCAGUUAGAUGGAUGUUAAACAGAGAAAAAAAAUUGGAUGAGACUCAAGAUGAGCUUCAUCCGUUGUAUUCUGUGAUAAAAUUAAAAUCUGGUCGAGAAAUUUAUUUUGAUAAAUAUUCGGGCUACGUAGAUAUCAAAAAACCGAUCAUUGAUCCUUCAAGUAGGGGCGGUAUUUUGGCUGACGAGAUGGGUUUAGGAAAAACGGUUGAAGUUCUGGCUUGCAUUCUCCUCCAUCCAAAACCAGACGAAGCCCCCAAACCCCCCGAUUUACAGAAAUCCCCAACUGUUGAUCUUAUAAAUCGAAAGCGAAGAAUCGUAGACCCAAAACCACCCCAAUCUGACUCUGACUACGUCGAUAAACCCAAAAAAUUAAAAAUCCCGGAUAAUUGGGUGAAAUCCAGUAGCAAAAAAUCAGAAAAAUACAUCGCCCUUCAAAUGUGGUACAACUCGGUUCUCCAAAGCGCCAUCCCCAAACCUUCCCCAAGCUCCCAAGAACCAUCUCUCCAAUGCAUUUGUGGUGGCUCAAACGACGAAGGCAGUGUUGCUUGUACAGAGUGUGGCAAAAUCCAACACGAGGCUUGUCUGGGGUUCAGAAAAGAGUUCGGGCCCUACAUAUGCCCCCAGUGUUGGUUGAACCAACCCCAAAUCGAAUGCAAAGGCACUUUGAUUGUCUCUCCUGUGUCUUUACGAACCCAAUGGUGUAAGGAGAUUUGUAGACAUAUUAGGGGCGACUUCAAAGUUUUGCAAUAUGGGGGCUCGUCCGUCACACCAGUGUAUCCAACUGCGUUGACUAAAUAUGAUAUUGUCAUAACAACAUACAAUGUUUUGCAGUCUGAAUUAAAAUUAACUGAGACUGAGAAAGCUUUGUCGUUGAGACAUCAUCGCCGGUAUUCAGCCCCGGGGAGUCCCCUGACUACAGUCAAGUGGUGGCGGCUGUGUUUGGAUGAAGCACAAACAGUUGAAACGCCAACAAGCAUGGUUUCAGCAAUGGCGAAGAAAAUAAACGCUUAUUUCAGGUGGGCCGUCACCGGAACCCCCAUUUCAAAAGAUAUUUCAGAUUUGCACGGUCUUAUUGAUUAUUUACAAAUAGAGCCGUACAAUGACAAGUUUACUUGGGAACAGUUAUUAUUUAAGUCGUACAUUCGGGGAAACCAUGAGCCGAUGCUCAAAUUUUUAUCAGAAGUGUUAUGGCGUUCUUCUAAGGACGAAAUUAUAGAUCAGAUAAACAUUCCCAAACAAACGAUAAUAGAGCACUGGUUGAGUUUUUCCGCUGUUGAGCAAUAUUUCUAUAGGUGUGAGCACAAAACAAGCCGUGAGGCAUUUUCUAAUAAAGUCAGGGCUUACGAACCGGAUUUGCCUCUGCAAUCUUUGGAUAAAAGUUCACUGAAAAGUGUUCUUGCACCUUUAUUGUCACUUCGUCAAGUUUGUACGUACCCGAAUUCGCCACACACCAAGUAUUUAAUUACUAAGAAGCCAGUCAAAUCGAUGCGGGAUCUUCUUGAUGCUCUUAUUGCAAGAAAUAUAAACGAAUGUGAAGAGUAUCUACGAGUUGUCUUAAGUUCAUUAAACGGUCUCGCUGGUAUUUAUUUACUCCUUGAAGCUCCUGAACAAACAAUUGAAGAGUAUCGCGAAGUCCUCCAAUUAUACACUCGGUUUACUGAAGAAGAAAAAAUUUCUAAAUUACAAGUUGAUAAGUUGCAAGUUAUCCACACGAUGUACAAUUUAGCGGAAAUUCUCGAUGCGAAUACGGGGAAAUUCGCUAGGACUUUAAGAGAUGAAAAUUUACGCAAAGAUUGCGCUGAUUUAGAGCAAAAAUACAUUGAGAGGUUUAUCAAUCAGAGUAUGGCGGUUCUUCAAGAUGCUUUAAUGAUUUCUGCGAACAUUGAAAAAUUACGUAAUAGUUUUAUUCUAUCUCCAGGAAAAUGGUACAGCGAUUUGUUGGAUUGGAUUUACAUACACAGUUACGAGCAAGAAUUGCACACCAAAAUCGUGAAUUUGCAUAGUGAUGCUAAUGUGAAAUGUACCGUCGAGUAUCAAAAUCCCCGAACUUUGAUUUACUGCAUUGCAAUUUGGGAUGAAAACAUAUCAGAAUUGCGUGAAACUACAAUCGAUGUCGUCAAUAAUUUGUACACCCACUGCCCCGACGACGAAUUUAAAAUAAUUAUAUCUCAGGAAUUGGUACAAAAAGCUACCGACUGCCACCUCCGCCCACAGAAAAAGUCCAAAAGCAAGAAAAAAUGCCCGGUUUGUGUGGCCAACGAUCAUUUAAAAGCCUACGAACUUAAAUUAUUCGCCAUGUCUAAACGAACCCAAAACUUUGAAGACAUGUCGCUUAAGGGAAGUUGGAAACCGACUCCAGAAGAACUCAUUUUUAAAUCAAUUCUGAUGGUAGGACGAGCCAAAAACGCCGAUAGUAAUUUGUUGAAAGACGGUGAAAUUCACAUAAAUAUUUUAGAAACUCUCAAAAAAGAGUUUAAAGAAGUGAGGAAGCUGUGGACUUACUUGGAGCAACAAAUAUGCGCACAGGACGAGGUAGACAUGUGUAAAAUUCGCUUGAGACUGAAAGAACCAAACGAGGAAGAGAAACAAAACAAAAUUUUGAAAAACCUGAAUUAUAAUAUAGACAAUAAGUUGGAAACUAUUCAUGUUUUGGAUGUGCACGAAGUUGAGUACCAAAGAACAGUUUUACAUUCUGAGGAGAACCGGAAUAAGGCCCUCUUAGAGAAAAAUUUAGGUACGAGGAGUUAUUUAGAGACGUUGCGGAAGCAGCAGUAUGAAGACCAACCACCUGACCCUUGCCCCAUCUGCAAAAAUGCCCUAGAGAAUCAGUGGUCCAUUUUAUCAUGUGGCCAUUGCUACUGUUUGGAGUGCAUCCAACUUUUAAUUGAUCAGACCAGGAGUCAUCAUGUGCAAUGCUCUGUUUGCCGUUCAUAUCACCUAAUAAGUGAGAUUUCCUAUAUAAAACCUGGGGAACAACAAACAGCCCCUGAGAGUGAAAAAAUCGCCGGGAAUUACUCAACAAAAGUCGAAAGUAUUGUUCGUUUAAUUUUAAAAUUGAAACUUGAAGAUGAGGACGUCAAAAUUUUGCUUUUUUCGAGUUGGAUCCCUGUGUUAUCAUACAUUAGAGAAGCUUUGACUAAGAAUAGUGUCACGUCGGAGUUAAUUACUUCCGGAAAUUUGGAAAAACAGAUUGAAAAAUUUAAGGACGUUAAUCAAAAUAUUACCGUUUUACUUUUACCCAUAAAUCUCGGUGCUAAAGGACUGAAUUUGAUUGAAGCCACUCAUGUAAUACUGACCGAGCCUUUGCUCAAUUCAGGCGAAGAACUUCAAGCCAUUGGACGAGUUCACAGGAUUGGUCAGACAAGGCCUACCGUUGUCCACAAAUUCUUCAUAAAACAUACAAUUGAGGAAAGUAUUCAGAAAGCAGUAAGCACCAAUGUGAAAAAUUGGGAGAAAAACAAAAUCACUCUUGGGCAGUUGGUAGAGUUGUUUGUCACUGAUGAUGCUUCCGAAGAAGAACAUAAUGAAAUUUCCGAUUUGUAACUUUUGUACUUAUUUCGUUGUCAUUCAGAAAAUAAAGUUUUUAUUAUUUUUAAUAA